ACUGUCACUGAAACGUCAAAUCUCAAGGUCGGAACUUAAUAUUUGUUUUUGUUCUUUGUAUUAAUAAUUAAGAAAAAUUGUAGUUUUUGUGCCUUUUUUGAAAUGGAAAAUUGGAAAUAAUGGCUUUGAGGAUAUUAACACUCCUAAUACUAUCAGCUGAAUUUUUUCUAGUUUGGGGUUCAAUUCACAAAAAUCUCAAAUAUUUCCAAAUUAUUCAUGCAGACGACUUAACCCAUAAGAUUGUUAAAAGAGGGAUUCAAGAAAGUUCUCAUCCCUUUAAUAGAAUUAAGGAAGUUCAUUUGAGAACACACGGAAAAGAUUUCCGGAUUAUCUUAUCUCCAAAGAGAAGUAUUUUGCAUUCGAAAUUUAAAGCGUAUUCAGUAAAUGGAGAUGGAGAAGAGACCCAUAUACCAAUUGAUCACGAUAGUUUUUUUGAAGGCAGGGUUUUUGGUGAAACUAAUUCACAUGUUAACAUGCAUAUAGAAGAUGGAGUAAUGACAGGAAAUAUUCAUAUGCCAGACGAUAUAUAUCAUAUUGAACCCUCUUGGAGACAUAUACCAGACCAUGAUAAUAAAACUAUGAUAACUUAUAAGCAGUCUGACAUAAAAUUUAGUUGGGACCCGAGUAAUUUGCCGGAUGAUUAUGAGACACCUAGGAUGUGUGCUUAUGUUAAAGAGGGGGCUGAGUUGGAGGAAAAUGACACAGAUCAUCAUAUUGCAAAACGACAAAUUGACCAGUAUGAAUAUAAACUUACCAAAACGCGAUGUCCAUUAUUACUAGUUGCUGACUAUAGAUUUUUCCAAGAAAUGGGUGGAAGUAAUACUAAAACAACUAUAAAUUAUUUGAUAAGUUUGAUUGACAGAGUGCACAAAAUUUAUAAUGAUACAAUAUGGCAAGACAGGCAAGAAGUAGAUGACUUUAAAGGUAUGGGUUUUGUUAUUAAAAAGAUUGUUGUACAUAACGAACCAACGAGAAUAAAAUCACAAGAAGCUCAUUACAAUAUGAACAGAGGCAAAUGGGAUGUGAGAAAUUUAUUAGAGGCAUUUUCUAGUUAUCCACAAGAUGAAAAGUACUGUUUGGCACAUCUUUUUACCCACCAAACAUUUAAGACUCGAAAUUCAGUAGUAUUAGGACUUGCUUACAUUGCCUCUCCACGCGUUAGGCAACAAGGAGGCAUUUGCAGUAAUGAGUAUUUCAAAAAUGGUUAUACGUUAUAUCUUAAUUCUGGAUUAAGUUCCAGUAGAAAUCACUAUGGUCAAAGAGUAAUUACUCGUGAGGCUGACUUGGUAACCGCUCACGAAUUUGGUCAUAAUUGGGGAUCAGAACAUGAUCCUGAUAUUCCUGAAUGUUCUCCUAGUGCUAGUCAGGGAGGAUCUUAUUUAAUGUACACAUACAGUGUCAGUGGAUAUGAUGUUAACAAUAAGAGAUUUUCUCCAUGCAGUUUACGGUCCAUAAGGAAAGUUUUACAAGCAAAAUCAGAAAGGUGUUUUUCACAGCCUGAGGAAAGCUUCUGUGGAAACUUAAGGGUAGAAGGAGAUGAAGAAUGUGAUGCAGGACUUUUAGGAACAGAAGACAAUGAUGCAUGUUGCGACAAAGAUUGUAAAUUGAGACCCAAAGCUGUUUGCAGCGAUAAAAACUCACCAUGUUGCCAGAACUGUCAGUACAUGAGAAGUGGUUUUAAAUGCAGAGAUGCACAGUAUGCUACUUGCGAGGAAGAGUCCACUUGCACUGGUCACUCUUCUGAUUGCCCUAAAAGUCCGCCUAUGCAGGAUGGCACGAAUUGCCAAGAAAAAGGCAAAUGCAAAGGUGGGAAAUGUAUACCGUAUUGUGAGACUCAAGGUUUGCAAAGUUGCAUGUGUGAUAUAAUUGAAAAUGCUUGUAAAAGAUGUUGCAGAUCUAGUAUGAACGAGACAUGUUCCCCUGUAGAAUCUACUGAUAUUUUAGCAGACGGUACACCUUGCAUACAAGGUUUCUGUAACAAUGGACACUGUGAGAAAACUGUUCAAGACGUUGUUGAAAGGUUUUGGGACAUUAUAGAAGAUAUUAAUAUCAAUAAAGUGCUAUUAUUUCUUCGCGAUAACAUUGUUGGAACUGUAGUAUUGAUAACAGCUUUUCUUUGGAUACCAGCAAGUUGUAUCAUUGGAUACAUUGAUAGGAAAAAGAGGAGAGAAGAACUAAAAAGGUGGGAAUGGAGAAAUUCUCAAGAACUUAUUCAUGGUUCAGAAAAAGUAAAAAACGUUAUCAAGCUGAGAGUUCCAAACAGACCUAACAUUACAAAACAAGCAGAUCAGUCUCCAGCAAAACAAUCUGAAUAGCCAUUCCAAACAAAUUUUGUGAUAAUUUCGUUACCAUUUAGUGGUUAAUGUAAUAUACUGUUUUAUCCUCACACAAUUAAUUAUAACUUUUCACAGUAUUAACUAACUAUAUAUGACUUAUAUAAGGAAACAAAAUUAGUUAUUCGAUUUUAAGUAUUUAUUCAUAAAACUAUUUCCUGUAUAAAGCAUGUAAAUAUUUUGAGGUAGAUUUACUUAUUAGUUGUUAACUAAUUGUAAUUAUAGUGAAGUAAAUUUUAUAACAACUA